AAAAAAAUUAAAACCAGAAAAAGAUUCAACCCCAGCUAUGACAGUUUUUUAUUUUAUUUUAUUUUUUUAAUUUCUCAAUUUUAUUAUAUAAAACAAUAAGCCCGUAAACUGUUAUUCUCUUUUCCGGGCAUUUAUUCUCAUUUUUAAUUAAUUAAUGAUGCAAUCCAAUUUCAUCUCUCUUGCACAAAGCUGAAAGAAAUCAAGGAGGCAUUGUUUCUAAAUCCAUGGGCAGUUCCAGGAAGCCAUGCACAUAAUCUCCUGGGUCCUCCCUCAUUUUUUUCAUUCUUUUUUAAUUUUUCUUUCCUCCAAAAAUAAAAUUUUAUUUUUUACGCACUUGAUGUUCUUCCUUUGUUUUGUUACCUCACACCAUGCACAAAAUUUGAUCAGGGAGAGAGAGAACAAUUAAUAAAAAAUGGGAGAGUCGCCGGAGAAGAAAUCAGGUUGCGGCAUACUGAGUGCAGUUUUCGGGCGGAAUAGUAUCUGGCCCAGAAGAACAACUUCUACGGGUUCUCUUCCUGUAGCCAACAACAACAGUGCCACGUUAGUGAAAACACCAAGCACUCCUAAUUCCAAACGGCGUCGCGGUGGCUCCGAUGAGGCUGCCUUCCUUGAUUCAUCUAGCAACGUAUCAUCAGAUUCAUCCAAACCGGUCACGAAGCCUUCCCAAUAUAGUAAUAGGGCACCCCCUAUACAACAACAACAACAGCAGCAGCAGCAGCAGCAGCAGCAACAACAACAACAACAACAACAGCGGCAGCAAUAUCAACAAAAAAUGGUGCCAAGCCAAGGUUAUGUGAACCAAGGCAAAAGGGUUCCAAAGGAGAAACUUGGCAUAUCCGGUGAGCUUGAUAGCAUGAUUGCUGAUCAUCAAAAAUCGAAAGGGAGCAGUUCCCUUGUAAGGGCUUCAUCUAGCAAUGUUAUGCUUUUCGGAAAUUUGGGUAAUUUGAGACAACCUGGGGCCGGCGGUGGUAGAGGCGGCGGAGGAAAUGCAAACCCGUAUAAUGUUCUUGAUUAUCUUCCAAAAACUGCUAGAGAGGAAGUCCCAAUGCCAAGCCAGGUAAAAGUGGGGAAGACUAAUACUGUUAGGGAAGAGAAAAGACAGGGUGAGCCGGAACCACCUGCUUCCUUAUGUCGCGCAUUGUCGACUAGAAUGGACCCUGAAACAUUGAAGAUCAUGGGAAAUGAAGAUUACAAGAAUGGUAGAUUUGCGGAAGCAUUGGCGUUGUAUGAUGCUGCAAUUUCUAUUGACCCCAAUAAGGCUUCUUAUAGGAGCAACAAAAGUGCUGCUUUAACCGCUCUAGGUAGAAUUCUUGACGCAGUUUUUGAGUGCAGAGAGGCCAUUCGGAUUGAACCCCACUAUCAUAGGGCUCAUCAUCGUCUGGCAACAUUAUAUCUUAGAUUAGGGGAAGCAGAAAAAGCUUUGUAUCACUACAAGCAUGCUGGACCAGAGGCUGAUCAAGAGGACAUUGCUAAAGUAAAAUCUCUUCAGGCUCGUCUGAACAUGUGCACUGAGGCUCGUAGGUUAAGAGAUUGGAACACCCUCAUAAAGGAAUCUCAAAGCACUAUAUUAGCGGGUGCAGAUUCAGCGCCACAGAUAUAUGCUUUGCAAGCGGAGGCCUUGUUGAAGCUCAAUAGGCACCAGGAAGCAGAUGAAGCAUUAUCCAGCGGUCCAAAUUUUGAGGUUGAUGCCUGCACUAAAUUCUUAGGUCCUAUUGGUAACGCGAAUUUGUUAGCAACACGAGCUCAGGUGGACAUGGUUGCUGGCAGAUUGGAUGAUGCAUUAAAGGCAGCUCAACAAGCAUCACGGCUUGACUCAAACAACAGGGAAGCAAACAUGGUUAUGAGGAAGGCUCGAGUUGUUGUAGUAGCUCGAUCAAAAGGCAACGAGCUUUUCAAGACAGCAAGGUUCUCCGAGGCAUCUGUUGCAUAUGGGGAGGGACUUGAGCACGAUCCUUAUAACUCGGUGUUAUUAUGCAACCGUGCUGCUUGUCGUUCAAAACUUGGCCAAUUAGAUAAAGCAAUCGAGGACUGUACAGCUGCCCUUAAUGUGCGCCCAUCUUACAACAAGGCUAGAUUAAGAAGAGCAGAUUGCAAUGCCAAGUUGGAAAAAUGGGAAGCUUCAAUAGAAGACUAUGAGAUUUUGAUAAAGGAAACACCAGAGGAUGAGGAGGUAACCCGUGCUUUGUCUGAAGUGCGGGCGCAGCUCAGAAAACAGCGAGGCUAGCAAGAGAGCCUAGACGUGGACAAUGGAAACAAGCCAAUGCAACUAAAUUAGGAGCCAAUAGCCAGGAAAGAAAGUUGUCCUUUUUAAAUUGGAUGGCUCUUGGAGCUGAAGAAGGGAAACACAAAACUUGAGUGGUGGGAAAAAAAUGGAUGAUUUUUCAAAGACGGGAGUGAAGGUGGCAAUUCAUACAAUGUAACACAAAUGCGUGACCCAAUUUUCUUCUAUAUAUUGUUGUGUCUGUGCAA